AGUUUAAAUAUCUCUGUCGCCCUGUCGGUUGGCGUUUGCGUUUGCGUAAUUGCCGGUUAUACUACUUUCUGUAAUACAUUAUUCUAAAAGUGUUUAAUUUGAGAAAAAAUAUAGAUAUGUAAAGACAUAGUUUAAAUUUUUUCUGUGAUCCAGUGGCUUUAUAAAUAUUUGUCAACCGUCUCUACAAUCUGCAGUACAUAAUAUUCAUCCUGUUUUCGUACCUAUAACGAUAAAAAUAAGUAAAAAAACAAAAAUGUUCGUUAUAAAGCAGCUUAAAAUUUGUAAAAUGGCUGAAGUUCCCAGGGGAUAAAAUAGACGUGAUUCCUUCGGUAUCUUCGGAAUGUUAAGUUUAAGCCAAGAUCCCUUGUUUUCCUUGUGGUAAUACAUAACAUAACUAAUUUAAGAAAAUAUUUUUGUUCAUUUUAAACCUAAAUAUUCUUAAAUAAGGAAAAUUAAAAUGCCCUCAUACAUACGAGUACAUAAUAUGUUUAUCACCUGUAUCUUUUAUUUAAAAAAUAUUUUUAUCGAGUCUUAAAGAAAUAUUAUUAUGCAUACGAAAUUCUUCGAAUUAAACAUAAGAAAAAAUCCGCGGAUUGGUGUGUUGUCUUUUUUGUGAAGUAUUUAUUGCUAGCUCUAUUGCGAAUAGCAUGCUUUUGUAUGUGUUGUGUGAGUGUGUUAAUGUUAAUGUAAUUAAUAGUACCAUCACGUUUUCGCUUUUGAAAUCAGCAGCAACGACAGUGGAAGCGUCAACGUUUUUAUUCAAUUUCAUUGUUUUGGAUAUGAACGUUAAAUUUUUCAUUUGUGGAUAUUAUUGAUAUGUUAAGCUAAAAGAACAAUGCAGAAUGGUUCAUCACGAGGACCAAGGGAGGAUACACUUCCUAAUGCUGUAAUACAGCAGGAAGACGCAAACUGGACUCCUCUUCAUGAAGCGGCUGCUACUGGAGAUGAUAAAAGACUUCAAGCACUUCUUAUAGCAAAUACCGAUCGCACCGCCAAGGAUUCAAAACACGGAAACACUCCGCUCCACGAGGCUGCAUGGCGUGGCUUUAGUAGAUGUGUUAAUAUUCUUUGCACUCCACCUAAUCCCAAGAAAGAUCAAAAAGAUAAAAAGCUCAAGGGAGUCCUUCAAGAAACUUUGGGUGCUCUGCAUAGUGCUUUGUUAGGUAUUAAAAAUGAUGGAGGUUUUUCGGCACUGCAUUUAGCUGCUCAAAAUGGUCAUAAUCAAAGCUGUAGAGAAAUCUUGUUGGCUGGAGGUGAUCCUGAUAUCCAAAAUAAUUACGGAGAUACCGCUCUGCACACAGCUUGUCGUUAUGGUCAUGCUGGGGCAACACGUAUUCUCCUAUCUGCCAAUUGCGAUUCCAACAAAGCGAAUCUUAACGGCGAUACUCCGCUUCACAUCGCAUGUGCAAUGGGUCGACGAAAGCUGACUAGAAUCCUGUUAGAAGCUGGCAGUAACCCUGCUUUACAGAAUUCCCAGGAAGAAACACCUCGUGAUAUUUCAACCCGAAAAAACUACAAUGAGAUUCUUAACAUUCUCGAUAAUCCUAGAAGACCUCGCAGGGAAAAAGAAAAAUCCAGUGGAGGUGGUGGAGAUAAAAAUUCAAGCCACAGGAAGAGGCAAUCCAAAGGUGAUCAUGUGGAUGGUGCAGCAAAUCCUGUUAGUUGGUCCCCAUAUGGCUGUCAUUAUUUUCCCGAUCCCAGUUCAUUCCCUUCACCCAAACUUGACACGUUACCAAAGGAACCUUUAAAAAAAGGCGAACAAUACUUUCUCGACUUGGCUGGCAACAUUUGUAAGGGUCCAGUUGGUAUUGGAAAUACUUGCUACUGCGGACCAUUCUUUAGACACAUCGAAGAUAAGAUCAAUAAAAAUCGUAAAAGUCUGCGGAAGUAUGUCUUCAAGGCAACUGAGAGGCUAGAUAGUAAAGUUCAAGCUUUAGCUAUUCGGACUGACGACCAAAUUGAGCAAUUGACGCGAUCUAUGAUUGCUGACCGCAUCCGUUGUGAAAGUAGACGCCUGCAUUUAGAACACUGGUUGAAGCGUGGUGAACCUUGUCGGGUUACAACAGCUGGUCAUCAGUCCCGACCACGAAAAAAGAGUAAUACUCUAAGUAGAUGCAAAAGCCUUGAACUUCUUGAUGACGAAAGCAUUCAUGGCAGUAAAAUGCAAAAUUCAAAGAGCUUCGAUGUGUUGGAAGAAGCCCAGGUUACGGUACAUCGUGAGGCCGAAGUAAGUGAUGAUGGUCAUAUAUCUGUGACAAGUCUAGGUCGAACAGAUAGAGAUGAAGAAAGGUGGGGCCGCUUAGAAACUGAUUAUUUUAAUGUCUCCGAACGGUUAGAAGAGCUUCUUGCUAAAACCAAUGAAAUUUUGGAAAUGGAAAAGGAAGCAAGUAAAAAAAGAAAAGAGGGGCUUCUUAUCUUUUCUGAGCCGACCGUCAAAAGAAGAGAACGGAGAGCUCAAAAUGUUUUGUCUAUGGGAAACGAUAUUAUUGAACAGCUGCAGCAAGUUUCGCUUGAAAACCAACCAGAAGAGGAUCUUAACCAAAUUACUGUUUUGCCCUUAGAAGAAGACGAUUCAAAGCCAGAACAAUCCGCUUCGGGUUUUAGUGGAAAAACAAGCGACUAUGCAUCAUACCUUUCUACAAUGCAGGCACAACAAUCCAGUAGUUUUCCACUCAACGACAAAUAUCAGCCCUUUUCGCAAAUCCACAGCAACGAAAAUAUGCUUCAUGAUGUCAUAACAGCCAUUCGAAAGGAUCAUCAAAUGGUUAAGGAACUAAUUGAAUCGGAGACACUUAACGAAAUGGAAAACACACAUGAAGACAAACUCAGCUAUAAAGACGAACAAACACUUCUCAAUGUGAACGGGUUCUUUCAAAACACGUGCUUUGAAGAUGGCGUAGGAGAUUCUCCAAGCAAUAGCCUUAAAGCUGAGAACAAGGUCACAAUGACAUCAAUGAAAAAUAUUUCUGAACUUUGUGAAAAACCGUUUGAAAUUCCUACUUACGCUGAAUUGAAUAAGUUGAAGCCUAGGAUGGAACCAAUUUCUAAUCAAUCAAAAGAUUGGCGACGUAAAGCAAUUAAAAAUUCAAACAGAGAUCUGGAAGAAUUACCAGAGCGGGUAAAUGGAACCAUUAAAAAAGUGGAAAUAAAAAACAGUGAAAUAAAAACUUUGAAGAAGCCAUCCAUCCUAAAACGGAGCAAGGUUCAGGAGCUUGUUGCUCGAUUACAAGGCAAACUUAGCAGCUCAGUUGUAGCGAAGCCCACUGAUCACGAUUCGUCGGAAAGUAGUGAAGAUGAGCAAAACGAUCAGAAUGAGGCAAACCAGUUGGAAAAUAAUCAAAUGAAAUUGGGUGCUUAUACCUCUUAUAGACAACCGCAAAUGAAUUCGCCAAAUAAUAGUACUGUAGGGUCGGCCAACAACAUGGUACAAACAAAUUCAACAUUAAGUUUAUACUCCACCAUUGUUCCGAACAACAACUAUCCUUAUCGCUUUAUACCCAAAGAUGCAUAUUUCCAUGAAUUACCAAACAGGGGCCGACAAAAUCUGCAGGCUCAUUCUUUCUCCAAUCUGCCAGAAAAACAAAUCCAGCAGCUUCCCAUAACUCUUCCUAAUAACUACUAUCAUCACCAAAAACCUUUACAGAAUCAACCACAGCAGCAUCAGCAUCAGCACCAGCACCAAACGUGGAGUUGCAUUCCUAAUGAUAUACACAUUCCAAUUGCUCUCCAGCAACAGCAACAGCAACAGCAACACCAGCAGGAUCUCCAGCUAAGUGCUCCUCUUGUGAGCCGUCCUUACUCAUCCCCUUAUAACAAUAUGCCACCUCUAAUGGUACACACUCCUCCACAACCUUUGCGACCCCCGGUUACCGAGCGUCUUCUCUCCAAUCGAAAAUUCAUGCCUCUUAAUAGCAGUUCUCCGGAUUAUGAGUUGCCCACCACUCCCGUUAAUAUUAAGAAUUGCAAUCAGGUGCAAAAUGCGAACAUUCUAAUUCAGCAAUCUUCCACCUCCGGUUUGAUGACUUCCAUGGAUCAAAAUCACCAGCACAUGGUGGAACGUGAUGUUAGUAAUGACUCCGGUUUUAGUACUCGAAUUUAUGGAGGAGGAAGUGAAUCACAUCGACCCAGUCCCAGUCUCUCAGGACACACUGAUUACGGAGGAAUGCAGUCACCAUCACACGGCGUUAUAUAUCCAAGUGGACAUGUUCAAUCAGAAGUUGGAGAUGUUACGUAUUAUAUGGCAAAUAUCUCCAGUUUAGUUUAAGUAUUGUUUUGUUUAUAUAUAUUUAUGAAUUAAAAAUAAUUUAACCUUAUUAAUAGUUAUUAUUAAAGCACGUAACAAAAUUUCCUUAUUUAAUUUUUUCUCCAUUAUUUUUAAUUAAACCAUUAAAAAUGUAAAUGUAUUUACUUAAUUAUUUGUAAGUUUAUGUUUAUAAAAAAAAAACAAUAAUUGAAUUAUAAAGAAAAAGACA